AAAACAAGAACUUAGUCCUUUGUUCCUCAAUUCUCACGCGAUUUUUAUGAGGAUGGAUCAGAAUCAUCAGAUGGUUGUUCAGAAAAUCAAAGCUUGCAUUUAAUAUUAGACUUACAAUGAUUUGCCUUGGCCGCCAAAUCUCAAAUUUUUGGGUCGUCUACUAGCCUUCGACUCUUCCGCUUCUCACACCCACCGAUGACAGAAGCAAAGAAGACAGCUGAUAUGAUCGAUAUGCUACUUGAGUACUCUAUUUUACAUCUUCUGAUUUUGUUGUUUUUGUUCAUUCCCUCUCCGAAUGGUUGAAGAGAGAGUUAAGCUAAGAAACAUUUCAAAGAGAGAAGACUGAAGACCCUAAGCCCAGGGAUGGCCGUUUAACCUUUGAUUUUGUAUUUUCGAUUCUACAAGUUACAAACACAAUCCUAACUCUCAGAACACCUGAUAUAAUAUUUGAUAAUUAAAACAUAUGAAGGGUGACUUGCAAGAGCUUAAUCCAAUUGAGGAGUAUGAGAAUGAAGAUUAUUUGGAAAUUAGCCAUGAUGUUACUGUGGAAGAAACUGUUGGGGUUCAAGAUACCGCUUCUACUGGGAUUUCGGUUCCAAAUGAAGAAGACACACAAAACAAUGCACAUAAGAGAAAGGUUAGGAGGAAAACUUCUAUUGUGUGGAAUCAUUUUUCUGAAGUGGAAGUGGGUGGUAUUAAAAAGAAUCAAUGCAAAUGGUGUAAGAGCAAAUUUACCAAAUCAAAAUCCAGUUCUACAUCUACUUUGGGUAGGCACUUAGAAAAUUGUUUCAAGUACAUAGGCUCCAAGAAGCAAAAAAAAUUGUCGGUUGAUGCUAAUGAGGCUGAUGGUGUGAGUGUCAUUUCAAAUUUUAAGUAUGAUGAAACUAAGGUGAGAGAAAUUGUUGCUCAAAUGAUCCUUUAUCAUGAGUAUCCAUUUAUGCAAGUUGAGCAUGUGUUCUUUAACAAGUUGUUGAAGGCUUGCACACCGCAUUAGCGGCCAAUGUCCCGGGCUACUGCUAAAGCUCUUUGCUUUGACACAUAUGAAUUGGAGAAAAAGAAACUAAAAAAUUUGUUGAAUCGGGUUCACAAAGUUAACAUAACAACUGACAUGUGGACUUCGUGUCAAAAAAUUUCUUAUAUGGUAGUGACAUGUCAUUUUAUAGAUUCUGAAUGGCGGUUAAAUAGGCGUGUGUUGAACUUCUGCAAUAUCCCGCCUCCACACUCCGGGCAUAUCAUUGCUGAUGCACUCCAUAAAUGUUUUAGAGAUUGGGGUAUUGAGAAUAAAAUUUAUUCAAUCACUGUAGACAAUGCAAAGGCAAAUGAUGUAGCAAUGAGGCACCUAAGAGAUGUUUUUAAUAUGAGAAAAUCAUUGAUUAUUGGGGGAAAGCUGUUUCAUGUGCGCUGUUGUGCUCAUAUAACUAAUUUAUUGGUUCAAGAUGGCCUUGGUGAGAUUAGUGUGAUUGUUGAUUGUGUCAGGGACGGUAUUAAAUAUUUGGUAGCAUCAGAGGGAAGAUUAAUUAAAUUUGCUGAAAUUGCAAAGAAUUUGCAAUUGUCUUCUAAGAAGUUGAUUUUAGAUGUACCUACUCGUUGGAAUAGUACAUAUUUGAUGUUAGCAGCUGCUAUUGAGUUUAAAGAGGUCUUUGCUAUGUAUGGAUACAAUGAUCGACAAUUUACUUGGGUGCCAUCUCAUGAGGAUUGGGCUAAAGUUGAAGUUGCGUGUCAACUCUUGGGAGUCUUCAACCGAGUAACAAAAAUUGUAUCAGGGAGUGACUAUCCCACAUCUAACUUGUUCCUUCCUGAGGUGUGGCGAAUGAAAGAUGUCAUAACUAAGAAAUGUGUGGAUGAAAAUGACUUCAUUAGAUCCAUGGCACAAAAAAUGAAAUCCAAGUUUGAUAAAUAUUGGGGUGAGUGCAAUUUGUUGAUGGCGAUUGCUGCAGUCUUGGACCCAAGGUUUAAAUUGGUGUUGAUACGAUUUUGCUUUCCUAUAAUCUAUCGAGAGGCUGAAGCUACUAAGAAUAUUGAACUCGUUGAAAGAACUUUGAAUGAGAUAUAUAGUGUGUAUGUUGAUGAAUAUAAUUCAAAUCUUGUGGAACAGAAUCUUCAAAGCAAUGCUCAAGGUCUUGGAUGCUCUUCACAUAGUCAUUCAAUUACUGAAAUUAGUGAAAGUGUUGAGGGUGGUAUGGAAAUGUAUGAGUCAUUCCUCAAAAGUGCUAAUACGGUGCAUCACCCUAUUAAAUCAGAUUUAGAAACAUAUUUAGAGGAGGGUGUAUACUUACCUGAAAAGGGUUUGGAAUUUAAUGCUUUGGAUUGGUGGAAGGCAAAUACCCUGAAGUAUCGUAUUUUGUCUAAAGUUGCCAAAGAUAUAUUGUCAACACCAAUUACCACUGUGACUUCGGAGUCUACAUUUAGUGCUGGUGGAAGGGUUAUUGAUCCCCAUCGAAAUUCAUUAUCAACUGAGACGGUUCAGAUGUUAUUGUGUGGAGCUGAUUGGGUUAGAUCAAUGUAUGGACUUAAAAAGAACUCUAUGGUUGAACAAAAUGAAGAGCAGAUAGCCUUGCCAGAGGCCAAUUAGUUGUUAUUGUUCUUUCUUUUUUUUGGUUUGGAGGUUAUUUUGGACUAUGUUAUUUUGUUGUUUGUGAAGUGUUGUAGUAUAAGUGUAUAAUUGUGUGUUUUGGUUUGGGGUUAUGUUGGACUAUGUUAUUUUGUUGAAUAUCUUGUGCUAUAUUAUUUUGUUGAAGA